CAACAGCGAGCAUAAAACGCGCAAGGAAAAUCGAGGGAAAAAAGCACAGCAAGCACGGGCAAACAUGUCCACCAUAAAGCUGCUCAUUAUCGGCAAACUGUGGCUUUGGCUUGGCCUGAUGAUUGGAGUGGUGCAACAGAUCGGAGCGGAUGAUUCGCUGGAUACACGCGAAGGCGUCGAUCUGGUGCUCAAGUGUCGUUUCACCGAGCAUUACGAUUCGACUGACUUCACCUUCUACUGGGCCCGUUGGACAUGUUGUCCCACAUUGUUCGAGAACGUGGCCAUUGGCGAUGUGCAGCUCAAUUCGAAUUAUCGCUUGGACUUUAGACCGGGUCGUGGCAUUUACGAUCUGCAAAUAAAGAAUACCUCCUACAAUCGCGACAAUGGACGCUUCGAGUGCCGCAUUAAGGCCAAAGGAACCGGUGCGGAUGUGCACCAGGAGUUCUAUAAUUUGACGGUGCUGACGGCACCACAUCCGCCGAUGGUUACGCCCGGCAACAUUGCGGUGGCCACCGAGGAGAAGCCUUUGGAGUUGACCUGCAGCAGCAUUGGCGGCUCACCGGAUCCCAUGAUAACCUGGUAUCGUGAGGGCAGCACCGUGCCACUGCAGUCGUAUGCUUUAAAGGGCGGCUCCAAGAAUCACUAUACAAACGCCACACUACAGAUUGUGCCCAGACGGGCCGACGAUGGCGCCAAAUACAAAUGUGUCGUUUGGAAUCGUGCCAUGCCGGAGGGCCAUACGCUCGAGACCAGCGUCUCUCUAAACGUCAACUAUUACCCACGAGUGGAGGUGGGGCCACAGAACCCCAUGCGAAUUGAACGCGAUCAUGUUGCCAAACUCGAGUGCCGUGUGGAUGCCAAGCCGAUGGUCAGCAAUGUGCGAUGGUCACGCAACGGGCAGUAUGUGAGUGCCACGCCCGUGCAUACAAUCUAUCGUGUCAAUCGACAUCAUGCCGGCAAGUACACCUGCAGUGCGGACAACGGCCUGGGCAAGACAGGCGAGAAGGACAUCGUUCUGGAUGUUCUCUAUCCGCCAAUUGUUGUCAUCGAAUCGAAGACACAUGAGGCGGAGGAGGGGGAGACUGUUCUGGUGCGUUGCAAUGUGACCGCCAAUCCGCCUCCGAUUACAAUCGAAUGGCUGAAGGAAGGUGCCCCCGAUUUUCGCUACACGGGAGAGCUCCUGACCCUCGUCUCGGUGCGGGCGGAGCAUGCUGGCAACUACAUUUGCCGCUCGGUGAAUAUCAUGCAACCGUUCAACACGAAGCGUAUCGAGGGUGUCGGCAACUCUACGGUGGCUCUGCUGGUCCGUCAUCGGCCCGGACAGGCUUACAUUACGCCCAACAAGCCCGUGGUUCAUGUGGGCAAUGGUGUGACUCUGACCUGCUCCGCCAAUCCCCCAGGCUGGCCUGUGCCGCAGUAUCGCUGGUUCCGAGACAUGGAUGGGGAUGUGGGUAAUACCCAGAAGAUUCUCGCUCAAGGACCACAGUAUUCCAUACCCAAAGCACAUCUGGGCAGCGAGGGCAAGUACCAUUGUCAUGCGGUGAAUGAGUUGGGCAUUGGCAAGAUUGCCACAAUUAUCCUGGAGGUGCAUCAGCCGCCACAAUUUCUGGCCAAGCUGCAGCAGCACAUGACGCGCCGGGUCGGAGAUGUGGACUAUGCCGUGACGUGCAGCGCCAAGGGCAAACCCACACCACAAAUCCGUUGGAUCAAAGAUGGCACCGAAAUACUGCCCACCAGGAAGAUGUUUGAUAUUCGGACGACACCCACAGAUGCUGGCGGUGGAGUCGUCGCCGUUCAGAGUAUUCUCCGCUUCAGGGGCAAGGCACGACCAAAUGGAAAUCAACUUUUGCCCAGCGAUCGUGGACUGUACACGUGCCUCUACGAGAACGAUGUGAACUCUGCGAAUUCUUCGAUGCAUCUGCGGAUUGAACACGAACCCAUCAUCAUUCAUCAGUAUAAUAAAGUGGCUUUUGAUAUGCGAGAAUCCGCUGAGGUCGUGUGUCGUGUACAGGCCUAUCCCAAGCCAGAAUUUCAAUGGCAAUUUGGCAACAAUCCCUCACCGUUGACCAUGUCCUCGGAUGGACAUUACGAGAUAAGCACAAGAAUGGAAAAUAAUGACAUUUACACCUCCAUUCUACGGAUUGCACAUCUGCAGCACUCUGACUACGGGGAGUACAUCUGCAGGGCUGUCAAUCCCUUGGAUAGCAUUCGAGCGCCCAUCAAACUACAACCCAAGGGACAGCCGGAAAAGCCAACGAAUCUGAAGGUCUUGGAAGUGGCUCACAAUUAUGCGGUGCUGGCCUGGCUGCCGGGCUUCAAUGGUGGCUUUAUGAGCACCAAAUAUUUGGUUAGCUACCGCCGUGUGGCCACACCGCGGGAACAAUUGCUGGCGGAUUGCUCGGGCCAUGGCUAUAUACCCAGUUAUCAGGUGUCGUCCAGCUCCUCGAAUGUCGGUGCCCACGAGUGGAUUGAGUUCAACUGUUUCCGCGAGAAUCCCUGCAAGCUGGCGCCCCUCGAUCAGCAUCAGAGCUACAUGUUCAAGGUAUACGCUCUCAACUCCAAGGGCACUUCGGGGUACUCCAACGAGGUGCUGGCCACCACAAAAGUCAGCAAGAUCCCGCCGCCACUGCAUGUCAGCUAUGAUCCAAAUUCGCAUGUUCUGGGCAUCAAUGUGGCUGCCACAUGUCUGUCGCUCAUUGCCGUCGUCGAAUCGUUGGUCACGCGCGAGGCCACGGUGCCCAUGUGGGAGAUUGUCGAGACCCUGACGCUGCUGCCAUCGGGCAGUGAGACAACAUUCAAGGAGGCUGUCAUCAAUCACAUGGCACGCACGGCACACUACACAACGGCCACAUCGUCGGGCAGGAAUGGAGCUCAUCUGGGCGAAGAUCGCACAAUGGCCCUAGCGGAGACAGCAGGCCCGGGACCCGUGGUACGCGUCAAGCUGUGUCUCCGCUCGAAUCACGAGCAUUGUGGCGCCUAUGCGAAUGCAGAAAUUGGCAAAUCCUACAUGCCUCACAAUUCCUCCAUGACCACCUCGGCGCUGGUGGCCAUCGUUAUUGCUUCGUUAUCCUUUCUGGUGUUUUUGGCUUUGCUUUACGCCUUUUGUCGCUGCCGGCGCACGCAUGCCGCCAAAAAGCAAGCAGCCGGCGGCAAUGCCACAACCACAACGACAACAACGACAACAGGGACGGGGCCUGGGGCCAAGGAGUACGACCUGGAUGAUACCCCAACAUCCGGGGCUGACCCGCAGCAAACCCAACAGCAGCAGCAGCAGCAGCAGCACCCACCGAAUCUGCCGCCACCACCGCCGUAUUAUCCCAGUGGCACUUUGGACAGCAAGCAAGACGGUGGCAGCGGCAGCGGCAGUGGUGGCAUGGAGCUUACCCUUACGGCCCUGCACGAUCCUGACGAGCAGCUGAACAUGCAACAGCAGCAGAACGAAGCUCUACACAGCGGACUGUACCAUCAGCCGCAGGCGGCAGCAUCGGCGAAAGCCAUUUUGGGGCUCUACGGUGGUGGCGGCGGAGGCGGCAGCCAGCACUCGAAUGGCUAUGGCUAUCAUGUGACAAGUGCCAUUGGUGUGGAUGGCGACAGCUAUCAAGUGAUGCCGUCCGCAGCAGCAGCAGCAGCAGGAGGACAUGGUGCAGGCGAGUCAGGACCACUUGAGGCGACACCAGUAGCCGGCAACAACAACAACAACCAAAAGCAGCAACAGCAGCAGAAACUACAACAAAAUUCAGCACGCGCCAAUUUAACGAACCAACCCACCAUCACCAACAUCACCAACACCAUAUGCAACAGCUCCACGAACCUCACCAACCCAACUCCUCACACUCACACUCAGCCCAACACCCACACCCACACCCACAGCAAGCUCCUCACAACCCACAACUCCAAUGCCACCUCAACCUUAAAGCGGAAGAACCAUCUGGGAAGCGGAAAGGAUAGGAUAGAGAGGGAGCGAGCGGCCAUGCUGACCGCAGCCACGGCGGCAACAACCACAGCUCUGGCAACCACCAUUACAACAACAUCACGUAAUGCCAAAACCGCAACAACAACUACAACGCUGGCCAUCACAGGGUCGAGCAACAAUUCGAAUGAGAACAACUACAGUAAUGCCAGGGAUCUGUCGCAGGAGGCUCUGUGGCGGCUCCAAUUGGCUGCCGCUCAAUCCCAGCAAAUCUAUGUGGAGCGACCGCCAUCGGCGUUCAGCGGUUUGGUGGAUUACAGCGGCUAUCCGCCGCACAUUCAAACCGUCACCAGCUCGCUGAGUCAACAGAAUUUCGGACAGUCGACUGGUGGUGGUGGAGCGGGUGCUUCUGGCACGCAGCCACUGGCACCGCACGAAAUGCUGCAGGCGGCCCAGCGUUACGGCACACUGAGAAAAUCGGGAAAACAGCCCCCACUGCCACCGAUGCGAAAGGAUCUGCAGCAACAACAACAACAGCAACAGAAGCCGCAACAGCAGCAAUUAGCGGAUAUAAUACAGGAUUUGGCAAAUUAAACUAAUUGCCAGUUAAGGAGAGACAACAACCACAGAGCAGCA